AUGACGGAAGACCAGAAGAAGUUGCCGAUGGUGCCUGAGACUGUUUUGAAGAGAAGGAAAGUUAGAGCUGCACAACGUGCUUCUCUUCUUAAGAAUAAAUUGGAGAAUAUUAAGAAGGCUAAGGUUAAAACGCAAGUUAUCUUUAAACGUGCUGAGCAAUACUUGAUUGCAUACCGACGUAAGCAGAAGCAAGAGUUGCAGUUGAAAAGACAAGCUAAGAAAGCAGGGAAUUUUUAUGUUCCAGAUGAGCCUAAACUUGCUUUUGUUGUGCGUAUUAAGGGAAUCAACAAGAUCCAUCCUCGUCCUCGAAAAGUUCUUCAACUUUUCCGCUUGCGUCAAAUCAACAAUGGAGUUUUCAUUAAAUUGAAUAAAGCUACAAUCCAAAUGUUGCGUAUUGCUGAUCCGUACAUUGCUUGGGGGUAUCCAAGCCAAAAGAUAAUUCGUCAACUUAUCUACAAACGUGGAUAUGUUAAAGUCAAAGGUCAGAGAAUGCCAUUAACUGACAAUAAUAUUGUUGAAGAAAAUCUUGGCAAGCAAGACAUUAUUUGUGUUGAGGAUAUGAUUAAUCAGAUUUGGACUGUUGGCCCUCACUUCAAACAAGUUACCAACUUUCUUUGGCCAUUCAAGUUGAGCAAUCCAUUGGGCGGCUUUAAUAAAAAGUCUAAUCACUUCGUUGAGGGUGGAGAUUAUGGAAACCGUGAAGAUCAAAUCAAUAAGCUGUUGGAGCACUUGUUUUUAAAUUUUGUCUUUCUAAUUUUGUAUUUUAUCAAUUUUAAUAUUCUUUUAUUAAAUUCUAAGGUUUUUAAUUUUGAAUUAAGGACAAAUAGUAGGAUGAGUAGUAGUGAAGAAGUUUCUUGGAUUUCUUGGUUCUGCACUCUUCGAGGCAAUGAGUUUUUUUGUGAGGUUGAAGAGGAGUACAUUCAAGAUCGUUUUAAUUUGACUGGACUGGCAGAACAGGUGCCGCAUUUUCGUCAAGCGCUGGACAUGAUUUUGGAUUUGGAGCCAGAUGAGGAUUAUGAAGAAGGGCAGAGUGAUUUGGUUGAACAAGCAGCAGAGAUGCUUUAUGGACUAAUUCAUUCACGUUAUGUUUUGACUAAUCGAGGGAUUCAAUUAAUGCAAGCAAAAUGGAAGAAUGAAGAAUUUGGAACUUGUCCUCGCGUUUAUUGUGAAAAUCAACCUGUUCUUCCAAUUGGCCUUUCUGAUGUUCUUGGUGAGUGCAUGGUGCGUAUCUAUUGUCCAAGAUGUUGUGAUGUAUAUUUGCCUCGAUCAAGUAAGCAUCAACAUACCGAGGGAGCUUAUUUUGGCACCGGAUUUCCUCACAUGUUCUUUUUUGUGCAUCCAGAACUGCGCCCUAAACGUCCCGCCAAGCAAUACGUACCAAGGUUAUAUGGCUUUAAAAUUAGUCCUUUGGCUUAUCAAAUUCAAGUAAAUUUCUCUUAA